AUGUUACUCAGGAACACAGUCGGAUGUGUGGAUCCCGAAGAGUGUGUCCGUGUGUGUGGAGCAGAGGUGGGAUGUUCCAACAUAGCUUUUCCCAAACUGGUCAUUGAACUCAUGCCGAGCGGUCUGAGGGGGUUGAUGAUUGCUGUGAUGAUGGCCGCUCUCAUGUCCUCCUUGACGUCCAUCUUUAACAGCAGCUCCACAUUAUUUACAAUGGACAUAUGGAAGAAGCACCGCCCCGCUGCCUCAGAGAAAGAGCUACUGCUGGUGGGAAGGAUUGUGACGGUCAUCCUGGUGGUGGUGAGUGUGGUGUGGAUCCCCAUCCUGCAGUCGGCCAACAGCGGACAGCUCUAUGUGUACAUCCAGUCUGUGACCAGCUACCUGGCCCCGCCGGUCACUGCCAUCUUUACGCUCGCCGUGUUCUGGAAGAGGACCAAUGAACAGGGAGCCUUCUGGGGGCUGAUGGUAGGGCUGGUGGUGGGGGUUUGUCGGAUGGUGCUGGAGUUCGCCUUCCCUCCUCUCAGAUGUGGCUUGGAGGACUCUGCUCCGGCCGUGCUCCGAGACAUACAUUACCUGCACUUCGCCAUCCUCCUGUGUGGCCUCACCGCCAUGGUCGUGGUCACAGUGUCACUGGUGACUCCACCCCCCAGCCAGGAGCAGCUGUACAAUCUGACAUGGUGGACCAUCAGUGAGCCGCCACCGAGAGACAUCCCCAUGCAGAAAGUGUCCUCUGUCAGCCACCGUGGCUCUCAGGACCCAGUGCGGCGGGGCGCGUGCGUACAGGUGCCCGCUCUGUGCAUGGCUCUGGGGAGAGGCCUCAGCUCGUCGACGCCGCCCCCCCGUGUUCCCAGCGUGAGGGAGAGCGUCUUCUGGUCCCGCUUCUGCUGCGCUAACGCCAUCCUCCUGGUCAGCAUCAACAUAUUUCUCUACGGUUACUUCGCCUGA